AUGUUUGGUCUACGCACACGGACAUUGGCUACCACCGCCCGAAUACUCAACCGAGGCACAUCUAUAGACAGGAUCAUCUUAGACCAACUCAAGGAUCUGAGCAAGCUCAAUAAACCCUCGUCGUUUCUCAUUCUUCCGUCAGAUCACGCCAACAUGAGGAUGAGAGACCCAAGAAAAAGAGUAAUCAACACGAAACCACAGCACCCUCCUCAGCUCAAAUUGGCCAGCAUUCUUCUAACCGAUGAUAUAGAGGAAGAAUCCACCUCAUCGGUCAUCAAGCUCAUCAAUAACCUAAGAAUAUAUCAGAAUAAAGUCAGCGACCAUUCUUACAAGAGCGUGACAUCUGUUCUCACCAAAUCAUUCACCCUGGCUCAGUUAAAAGAGUACAUCAGAUCAUAUACCCUGGAUCCCGAUUAUAAGGGAAGAAAGGAAGGAAUCGCCAAAAAAACCAAGCGCCAAUUGUGUAGGAUCAUCAUUUCUGAUCUAUGGAACAUCCAAAGGUCUGGUAAAGAAACAUCAGUUGAAGACUUUUUGACCUCCCGUCACGUCGAACUCCAGAAGAAAGACUUGUUCUUGUUACUUCUCAACAACGGGUUGCUCAUCAGAUACUUGUCACGAACUGGUUGCAAAAUCACCUUCAAGAACAAUACCAUGAGUCUCAGAGGUACUGAGACUCAGGUCAGCAACGCCAACAUCAUAUUGGACUAUAUUCUAGUCAGCAGCUACCAGCAGACGUUGGACUUGUCAACUAUCAAACGAUUAUUUGUUCAGAAGUUUGGCGACUUCGACUUGAACAAGUUGAGUUCGCUUUUUCAAAUCUACUUUGAAGAGUUGGACAACGACCACUACAGACUUUCUUCUUUGAACCAAACACAGACGCAAAGGGCUCAGCGGAUGCUUUUGUGGUUCUUGGACUACAACAGCCACAUCAAACAAUUUGUUAAGAUCCCUUCGGUGUACGAAACCAAAGAGUUUGAGUGCUUACCGUUCAAAGAGGACGAAUCCAUAAACUGGUUCAACCGGUUGAAGAGCUUGUUCCGGUUAUCUUCUUCGCCCAAGAAUAUAUUUUCGUCUGGUUUCAUUGAUUCCCAGUUGAAGGUGUUCGAUGAUGAAUCGUUGCUCAAUAAAACCAUUGACUUUGAAGAGCUCAACCAGGUCAAAUCGUUUUUAACUCCUCCUGAAGUCAACCCCCAAAAUUCCCAACCAGAAGCUGAAACCGAUCCAUUGUUGAACGACUCGGAAAUCAGUGACUUGUACAACCAACUCUCGCAGUUCCCUGAAGACAAUCAUGUAGUGUCCAAAACUCAGUUGGUUCCACCUAUAUUCGUGAUCACGUUAGGAAAUGUUCUUUUUGAGUCCACCUCUAAAACCACGCACCGAAUCCCCUCAGCAGAUCAAGACUCCUUACUGUCGGACAAGUACAUCUUCAACCCCAGUAUUCCAUUGUUGCACGAUAAAGUGCUGACACUUCCACUUUUUGGUAAUCCCGAAUUGAGUCUCAGCGACAUCAAUGAAAUGAGAAUUAACGAUCCCCACGAAUACUUAGUUCAACUCAAAUUCCAGCCAUCGUUGUACGACAAUGAGUCGACCGAUGCCCCACCUGUCGAAGUGUGGAUCAACUUGAACCGGUUUGGCAAACCUGAAAUGAACACUUUGAGAGUGUUUACGGUGGAAAAUGAAAACACCUGUUUUAUGCCGCUCCCUGACAAAGCGUCUGAUAUGAAGAUCUCCUCCCAGUUGAUCGGAGACGUUCUCAAGGCACCUGAAGCCGAAUUAGAGGAAACAUCACCGGAUGCUACUGAACAGACUAUUGAGUCGCUUCUCAACGAAACUUCUGAAAAGUACACCAAAUUGAAGGGCCAGCCAGGACUAGAGACGUUCUUGGAGCGGUCGCGGCUCGACUUCAGUGGCAAGGUCAAGCCACAUAUUCAUGAGACAUUGAGGUUGCAGUUAAGUGGAAAAACAGUGAACUAUCAGUACAUCUCAACGAACUACAGAAGAGACUUGGAGUUCGUAUAUCACGGGAAACUUCUCCAGUUCAGCCUGAUAGAAGGCGGAUCACUAGGGGGUCGUAGCUCGGAGGUUGUGCUUGUGGGACACGAUUUUGAUAGAGACUCGCUCAAAGAGCUCAUUGAAGAUUCUGUUGCAUUUAUCAACCAAUUAUAG